AUUACAUUGUAAACCAUGACUUUAACUUUCUGUUCCUCUUUUUCUGAAGAACCAUCAGCUGAAAUUAUAGUAGCAGACAAGAAGAAAUCAGUCAAGCCUGUGAAGGAAAAACAAGGAAAAACAGUACAGAAGACACACUUGAAAGAGGAAAAGGCCAAAGUUCCAGCAGUAAAAGAAACCCAUCAACAUCACAAUGUGACAACAGACAAGAUUUCAAAAGCUGCAAAGUCAACAGCUUCUGUCCGCUACUAUCAGUGUGUCUUUCUAAAUGGAUACAAUGGAUAUACAUCAAAAUAUCCUGUUACUGCAGCUCAAGAAUCCAAAGGGAAAGGAGGACAGUCAAAGACAAGAACACUGAAACAAUAGACACACACCGUGUGAAGUUUCAACAGUUUUGCACUUUAUGCCUUCUAUGGAGGGCCAUAUGAAAUCCAUUGUCACAUGUGAUCAUGGAAGUAUAAUCCAGCAGGUCACAUCGACUUGGAGAUGUUUUCUGCUCUUGAUCAGAGCAGAAGUGCAGUAAAAGAGGGGCAGAUGUAUGAGCAUUUGAGGGAUUAUCCAAGUACCCCUUUCCUGGAGGAAAGGAUGCGGUGCUGAAAUAGUACUUGACAGAAAGUAAUGUUUGUGUGUAUAUGCUUGUAUUUAUGUGUGGUUCUUUCUUCUUAUGGUGUUUCUGGUUUGUCUUCUCAAGCCUUGUGGGAACAAAAGAAUUUUCUAUGUAAUUGUCUUUUGGACAAAUGACCCACUUGAAACAAGAAUCAGAAAGAAUCAUUUGUGCCAUGGUUUGCUAUCUGUUAGGAUUCCACUAAAUCAUGGAUUAAUACUAUAAUAUUUCACUGAGUAACACACCUGUCUUAGAGGUAUAUUUACUUUUU